UUCACAUCAUUUUUGAUCACUGCUCAUGAAAUGGAAAUAACCAACUGGUUUUUGUUUGUUUCUUUCUUUUUUUCUUUCUUUUUCCUUUAGUUUAUAUUUAAAUGUUUUUUGUUGGUUUUUUUCUCCCUUCAAGGUAUGCAUUUUAGGAUGGAGAAGGAACAUUUGACAGGGGAAGGUCCAGCUGGACAGCUUUUGCGCGUUGCAAACCGUGGAGCGUCUCCUCAGAUCAGCUCGACCAGAGCCAUUUAGGAGGUCGGUGCGUGUUGGUUGUGUGUUGGUGGAGUGUAGGAUGAAGUACGGAGCCGUGGUGCUGGCCGCCGGGCUCACCGGCUUGCUCAGCUUCAUCCUCCUCGCUGUGGCCAUCGGGACUGAUUACUGGUACAUAAUCGAUGUAAAUAAACCCAACCACACAGGUCCAGAUGACCUGAGUUCUCGUUCUGGAUUGUGGAGAAUCAAUGAAGGAGGAAAAACCAGAUCAGUCAUCGGCUCUUUCAUAGGAAACAUGUCCAGCCUGUCAGAGACAGAGAGACAUCUUCUCGGCUUGCACAAAGUGGUGGUCAUCUUGCUGCCGCCCAGCCUGGUGCUGCUGGUGUUAGGCUGGAUCUUUGGGCUUGUCAGCUCCUUGGCCUGCAGUCCCAAGUUGCUGGCUGCAUCAGCAUCCUACUUUCUUCUCUGCAGUGUUUUCACCCUGUCUGGAGUCAGCAUCUACAUCAAAUACUCCAAUCAGGCCAUGGAAGAGUUCGAGCGAAUCGUGUCCCCGGAGAACCUUGAAUAUGUCCACGCGUCUUUUGGCUGGUCCUUAGCCAUAGCUUGGCUCUCUUACCUCCUUGAGGUGGCAACAGGCCUGCUGCUAAUGCUGGCUGCCAGGAUAACUCAAAUAAAGGGGCGUUAUGACUCUGGGGUAGCCAUCGCCAUGCUAUAGCAAUGUUUCAUUUCACAGUCUGGAUUUUUUUUUUCUUCUUUUUCAAUUGUAGUUAUUAUAUUUAUUGACAUUAAACAGCUUGUAAGAGGCUAAGCAGAUCAGAAAAAUACCAUGCUGGCUUUAUGAAACUGCAAGCUGAGGCACAAGGAGACUAAAUGUUGAGAUUAAAUAUUGUUCAGCUUCUGUCGACACAUCGUGAUGCCUUUCAUGGUUGGUUAUUUUCUACCCAUUGUCCCUGUCCACAGUAAUGUUAGAGAUGUGGUCACACAAACAUUAAAAUGAAACUUGUCACAGAAUAACUACUGUACUGCACUGCAGCUUUUCUCUAUCUUUGCAGUAUAUCAGUUUGUCAAUAUAGCCUUUAAAUGUCUGUCCAGAGGGUCCUGCACAGGCCCUUUUUCUUGUAAAAAACAAAAACAAAAUAGGACUUUAACAUCUCCU